AUGGAUCCGGUAAGCAUUUUGACGAUUAUAGACCUCUCAGCAAAGGUGCUCCUAGCAUGUUAUCGAGUGCAGUCCCAAAUUAAAGCGGCAAAAGGUGAUAUUGGACAACUCAUAGACGAGUUAGAAUCUGUCUCAGUGGUGUUAGCAGAGCUUUAUAGGGUUGUGGAUCGAAAUUCAACUCGAUCUCUCGCUAAUUUGGGGAACGCCUUGCUUGCCGAUGUCGAAGGAGGGCCGCUCGCAGCAGUGCAGCGCGUUCUUGACGACUUGCAAGCUAAAUUGCAGCCCAUGUUGAAGCCCGGGCUAAAAUCGAAAAUCCUCUGGCCAUUUGAAUCGAAGACCAUUCAGAGCAAAAUUCAGGUGCUUCAAAACUCGAAAGCUACGCUUCAACUCGCGAUAUCAUCAUACCAGACUGCUAUUCUAGGCAAUCAAACCGAGAAACUUAGUAACCUGGAGAAUAACAGGAACAACACAGAGCGCGCAAAUAUCUUAAAGUGGCUAAAAGUCUGUGAUCCGGAGGCAAAUCAUCGAUUGUCUUGCAAGCAGCACGAGCCACGCACUUCAGAAUGGCUAUUCGAAAAUGCCACGUUUCAGAGUUGGGCGGACAUGUCGCAUCCCCUGCUUUGGUUGCAUGGUAUUCCUGGAGCAGGAAAGACAAUUCUUUGUUCAUCAAUUAUUGAGUAUUUGCGCGGCAGAGUUGCCAACGAUACUAGAACGCUUGUCUUGUACUUUUACUUUGACUUCGCAGACAACAAGAAGCAGUCUGCAGCUAGUUUGUUGAAAUCUCUGAUAUACCAGUUAAUCGCGGCGUCAGCCGGCAGCAACAUCGAACCAGCAAUUGAUCUAUACGGACAAUGCAAUGCUGGUGCCGAGGAACCUGAGGUUGAUGAACUGAUUGAGACGUUUUCCGAGAUAUUGCCUGCCCGAGAAUCUAUUUACGUCUGCAUUGACGCACUCGAUGAAUGCUUUCGCGGCGACAGAGGAAUUGUCUUUCAAUUCCUUGAGACGUGCGCGGCAAAGAACAACUUGGUCGUAUCCAUUACGAGCAGGAGGGAAGUUGACAUUGAAGAUGGGUUGAAGAAGUUUCUACUCGGUAUCAUCCCCAUCGCGCGAUCAACAGUUAACGCUGAUAUUCGUACUUGGGUUGAAAACAACAUUGCCAGGGACAGUACUCUUUCCAAAUGGCGACCAACUAUUCAGCACGAAAUGCUUGAAGCGAUAGUCCAGGGAUCAAAUGGCAUGUUCCGUUGGGCAGUUUGUCAAAUGGAAACGAUGAGACAGUGUAUAACGCCGGCAAUGAUACGAGCUGAGCUGAAAGAGCUACCUCAGAAUCUCGACCAAAUGUAUGAUCGAAUUUUGCAGGCAGUUCCUCGAUUGCAUAGGCAGUAUGUUCAAUCUGCGCUGCAUUGGCUGGCCUUUGCCACCCGGCCUCUGUUAUUGGCAGAGCUCGCAGAGGCGGUGGUGAUUGAACCGGAAAAUACAUUCGAUCCAGAUGCUUGUCGGUUAGUUGAGGACAAGAAGAUACUGUAA